AUGCGACAAUUCACAUUAAUCAAUUUUAUCAUCUUGCUUAUAGCUUCAUCAACAUUUGCUGUCAUUGCUCCCUUAUUCGGUCAAGCUGAGGCUCUCAAUUUAUUGCAGGAUAAAAUGUACCAACCUGCUGAUAUGGCUGGAGAGAAUAUAGCAAAGACAUUUGUUGGAGGUGAACCAUCUGUUUCGAGGACAAGUUUGCAAAAAACACAAAGCACCUCUGUUCUGAUAUCAAGCACUACUAAUAAUGGUACAAACACUGCGUUGAGAUUUCAGAGCAGCUCUGGAGGUAACGUUGUGACACCCGCUUGGAUAUAUACAAUAUAUAGUAUGGGGGGACUUUUUUCCCUAUGUAGAUUUAAAUAG